AUGUCUGCUGUUGCUGCUGCUGCUCACGAUGCCACUUGUAUUUUCUGUAAGAUCAUCAAGGGUGACAUUCCAUCCAUGAAAAUCCUCGAAACUAAACAUUCAUAUGCCUUUUUAGACAUUCAACCAACUGCUGAAGGACAUACUUUGGUCAUUCCAAAAUACCACGGUGCCAAACUGCAUAAUUUGCCAGACGAAUAUUUGGCUGACAUUUUACCUGUUACCAAGAAGAUUGCAAAGGCUUUAGACGUUGCUAUUGAUGGUCCAGAUGGUAUUGGUUAUAACAUUGUUCAAAAUAAUGGUAGAAUUGCUCACCAAGUUGUUGAUCACGUUCAUUUUCAUUUGAUUCCAAAGAGAGAUGAAAAGACUGGUUUAAUUGAAGGUUGGCCUGCUAAAGAAGGUGACUUUACUGAAUUAGCCAAAAUCCAAAAGGCUAUUGUUGCUAAAUUGGAACAAUAA